AUGUGUACCGGCCCUGACGUUGAGCCAUUCUUUGGCUCUCCUCUUAACGCUUCCACUUCCACUUCCACUUCCACUUCCACUUCCACCUCUCCUUCCUUGCCUCGAUCAACAACCUCAACAUCAACUUCAUACUCGGCAUCGACAUCAACAUCACCUUCAACUUCAUACUCAACAUCACCAUCGUCUUUAUCAUCAGUAUCUUCAAAUCCCCCCCGGGACAAUGGUGGCCGGCUAUUCUCGCCCAAGUCGGACAGACCCAGCUUCAAAUCCAAUCAUGUUCACUCCCAUUCGCUGUCAUGCGACACUAGCCGUAAUACCGAUGGCAGUACCAAUACCAAUACCAAUAAUACCACCCUCCCGGCCUCUUCUACAUCUCCAUUAGCUUCUCCGACUACUUCAACUUCAACUUCAACUUCUCCUCAAUCCUCAUUGAGAUCAUCCAUUUCUUCCAUACGCCCAUCCAUAAUACCCGUUCCUUCAACGAGGAAAUACCGUGCUCAAUCGUCCUUCUCUCAUGAUACUCGCGAUUCGCCAACUUCGUCCGUACGCUCGGGCAACAUGACGUUUUCCAUGCAGACAUCGUCUUUCUCCUCGUCGCUGCCUCUUCCCUUCUCCUCAAAAUGGUCCUCGCCGCCUAGUCGCUCUUCCACACCUCUUCACCGUUCCGGUCACCCUGCAGCUUCCGCCUCAGUCGCCGUCGUCGAUACCAAUGAACAAACUCCACUCCAUCGCGUUCACUGUGGCGGUAGCGUCCUUGCUAUCGCCGUGUCGUCCGACCACAUCUAUGCUGGUACACAGGGCGGCGAUAUCAUGGUCUUCUCCCUUGACACAUAUGACCACGUACGAGACCUGAAAGGACACUCCGGUUGCAUCCUCGCUUUGGUCCUCUCUCCAGACGAAAGUUUACUCGUUAGCAGUGCCGGUGAUGCGAUUAUCAAUAUCUGGCGAACAAAAACAUUCGAGAACGUCCAUCGCAUAUACUCAACUUUCGACAUCGGCGAUAUCUUCUGCGUGGCUUAUUCCUCCAAACUUUCCUCCCUCUACCUCGGCGCCCAGAACACUUCGAUUCAAUGGUACGACUUUCGGUCAACGGACAAACGACCCCGGGCAUCCUUAAAAUCCCAUCCCUCGAGACGUUCCCACCGAUUCUUCGAUUCCCUCGGACCCGGUGGAUCCGCGACCCCCCAGCCACCCGUAGACUCCUCGGAUGUUCUCGAAUCCUGCCAUGAAUCACAAUUAGUCGAGAUUGACCCGUUGAAUAUUGUUCAAUACGCCCAUUUUGGAUAUGUGUACUGCAUGCUCCUCCUCCAAUCCUUCACCAAAGAAGGCGAGGAAAUUUUGGUGUCGGGAGGUGGUGAUGGAUCAAUCAAGAUAUGGGAAAUCGACUCGGAAACCUCGGCCAUCAAGCCGGAGACGUCGAAGUCAUUGACUUCCGGUGAUUCCGGUGUGUUGUGUAUGGCUACUAGGGACCAAUUCCUUUACUGUGGUUUGACGGAUGGCGAGAUCAGCAUCUGGGACUUGGACGGCCAAGCCUUAAUCCGAAGCAUCAAGGGACACCAGGACGAUGUCUUGACAAUGACUGUCAGGGACAACUGUAUCUGGAGUGGGAGUGCUAGUGGAUAUGUCAGGAAAUGGAGUCAACGCUUCGAAUUACUAGGACGCUGGAAGGCACACGAUGGUCUUAUCCUCGCAUCUGAUCUCAAGUCAGUCAAGGGUAGAGAUUUGUAUCUCUCAGGCGGUAAUGAUGAUUGCAUAUCCGUAUGGGACGUUUCUUGUCAUGAAGAUGACUUCCCGUCUGCAUAUAGAACUACCGAAGACGAGCUCUUGUCUACCCUACGAAAGUUGGUCGGCUACCGAACUGUCGCCAAUGACCCCAAGUUCAGCGAAGACUGUCGUCAAGGUGCUUCCCUCCUCAAAUCCAUCUUUCGUCAAUUCGGCGCCCAGUCCUUCCUAAUCCCCACCGACAACUGCAACCCCAUCGUUUUUGGUCGCUUCACACCUCCGGAAACCCCCGGAGUGGAAUCUAAUAGACAAACAAUUCUCUUCUAUGGCCACUAUGAUGUCAUCUCUGCUGGGGAGGGAACCGCGAACAAUCAAUGGAUCACGGAACCCUUUGAAAUGACAGGGAUGAAUUCGUACUUGUACGGCAGGGGUGUGUCCGAUAACAAAGGCCCGGUUCUAGCCGCCAUCUUCGCUGCCGGUGAACUUGCUCAAAAUAACCAACUGUCCUGCAACAUCAUCUUCCUGAUAGAAGGCGAGGAAGAAGCCGGAAGCCGUGGUUUCAAAGAAGCAGUUAAAAAAUACAAGGACUUCAUCGGCCCAAUCGACUGGAUCCUCCUCGCGAACAGUUACUGGCUGGACGACGAAGCUCCAUGCGUAACAUACGGCCUACGUGGUGUCGUCCACGCUAGUGUUGAAAUUCAAUCAGAUAGACCGGAUCUCCACAGUGGUGUCGAUGGCAGUCGUGAGAGUCGGGAGCCGGUGAUUGAUAUGGUAAAUCUUCUCGCAAAGCUUACCAGCGACGGUGGAAAAAUCAUGAUUCCUGGUUUUCAUGAGAUGGUUCGGGCCAUCACCCCGGCUGAAGAGGCGAUGUACACCGAGAUUGAGAAUGAGUUUUCGGCAAGGCUGUUCAGAGGGUCUAUUCCUUCAGGUCGUUUGAAAGAGCAUUUAAUGUCGAGGUGGCGAUACCCCUCACUUACAAUCCACAGGGUUAACGUCUCCGGUCCUACAAAUGCAACCAUCAUCCCUCGUUCAGCAUCCGCUGCUAUUUCGUUACGCAUCGUACCCGAUCAAAAACUAUCAACAGUAACCGAAAAUCUUACGGCAUUCCUCUAUAACCAAUUCUCAACGUUCUCGUCCCCCAAUCAACUCAAGAUUAGCAUAGACCAUGUCUCUGAGUGGUGGCUUGGUGAUCCGCUUAACAAAGCUUUUAAAACUUUGGCACGGGUUGUGGAGGAAGUUUGGGAGAAGAAACCGUUGUUUAUCAGAGAGGGUGGGAGUAUUCCAGCGGUCAGAUUUUUGGAAAUGGAAUUUGGAGCUAGUGCAGCCCAUUUACCAUGUGGGCAGGCGAGUGACGCAGCACAUUUGGAUAAUGAGCGGAUGAGGGUUGCGAAUUUAUACAAGAGUAAGACCAUUAUGAAAAAAGUGUUUAGGGAGUUGCCGUUGGAUGAUGAUGAAAUUGGUGUUUAA